AGAACAACCUUCAAUAUCCACAUUAUGUUCUCCUUAGUUUAUCUCUUUCACACUCUCUCGUCAUUAAUAUUUUUAAGCUUUCAUCAACACCAACAAACACAAAACCUUUUAAAAAACAUUUCUGUUUUUCUGUCUUUCACGAACACUACCAGCGAGUGCAGGACACGAUGAACAUUAUGUCCACCCAUCAGUGUUCUUGGCCCCUUAGAGUUCAAGAUCAUCUUGACAAAACAAGCAUUAAUAAGGCUCCAUUUUGUAGAGGAUUGGACGUGCUUAAUGUUGGAUACCAAGCUCAAAAAUAUGGUCACAGUGCCAGAAAAUGCAGACCCAUUUUUUCCAGUUCAGGAAGCAACAAUAUGGAUGCCUCUGAUUCAGAUGAAAUUGAUAAGAACAAACCCCAGAACGGUGAAAUGGGUGGAAUGAACAGUGAAAUUCUUAGAGAGAACCUCGAGAAAAUAGUUGGAAGAGAUGAUUCCACUUUUAGUGGAUUUGACCUUGCCACUCUCAUUAGGAACAAAUAUGGGAGGUCUUAUGAUGUUCAGUUGAUAAAGAAGGAAUUCAUGGGAAGAAAUCUCCUUGCAAUGAAUGUAAUGUGGAAGUACAUGGAGCAGAGAUCUUUCCCAUUGACUGAAGAAGAGUAUAUUUUGAGGCUUGACGAUGUUGCAAACACCUUGAAAUGUUGGGGAGCUGUCUCACAUAUUCGGAACAGCCUAGAAAAGUCAAAAGAACGACCUCGAAUAGGGAAGGCAGUAAGCAUUUUUAUAGAUAUGGAUGAGUCAGGUGCUCGUGCCAACGAGUGGAUCUACAAAUAGAAUGGAAAGCAUUGGUGAGUUGAAAUCUUAAGCUAAUCAUUGGAUUCAGAUACAGCUUGGGAAAAGUCCACAGCCGCAGGACAACCACUUUUUGUGAAUUUCGUUAGUUUGGAAUUUUAUUAUACUUGGAUCUUAACAUCUCCAGAUGCAUUUUCUAACGUUUCUGAUGGCAACUUGGCAUCAGGGCUAGGCAACAAUAAUUUUGGUUCUUCCCUUCUUCUUUUUUCAAUUGUUCAUAUUGAUGUAAAAUCAGUAAAUAUAAGAAAAGCAUUCAUACUAGUUAAUGUAAGAAAAACAUUCAUAUUAAAUUUAUAACAUACUUGUUUCAAAUUA